UCGCAGCUAUCCUGAAGAUGAUCCACCCCUGGCGGAGCCUCAGCUCCUGGUUUCUACUCAUGAUAACCGCGGCAACUACCCUGUUUGCUGGGAACGUUGGCGCCAUCUUUAAUGAGAAUGAUACGAAUAUUCACGCCUUGCGGGCCUCCAACAGUGACAACUUGGAACAACGAGUCCCCGGAUCACACAACCACAUCGAACCUGCGGUCCUAUACCCCUACAGUACCACCGGGUGAUUUCCCUGUCUGCACUGACCCUCGCGGCCCUUUCCGGCCAUUCUGUCUCCCAGAAGAUGGUGCGAAUGUGACUGUGGGUGGGACGUACUACAUUACAUGGGAUGCGGACUUCUAUCCCUUGAAUGCCACGAUCACCAUCGAGCUGAGAUACCCCCACUCCACAAAAGGCGAUUCGGCAUUUACAUCCGACAAGACAGACAACAGCUACGGAUAUACCCACAUUCAUAUGCAUCAGGCAUGGCUGCAGGGAAAGCAGCGAAAUCCGUUGACCCUAUAUAUCAUCGAGUUAGACGCCGUGUCCGACAAGCGGGCAAGUGCCCGACAGGGUCCAACAGUCUUCCUCCACCCUAAGCCAGUGGAGCAUCGCAUACCUCCUCCACGCACGCCUUUUAAUAAGUUAGCACUAUACAUUGGUCUGCCGGUGAGCCUCAGCGUGGUAAUAUUGGUUGUUGCCGGUCUUUAUUUCGGCAUGCGAGAGAGCAGGCGGAUUGAUCUGGGGAACAUCAUGGGUCCGGGUUAUGGGAUCCGCAAGUCUAAGGUCCAGCGCCUAGGGCGCAGCAGAGGUGAGCUGGGUGGGUCUUCGCUGGAGAGAUACUCAGACGACAUGGACUGGGACAUUUCCGUGGCGCAGCCCGAUCGGCAGGAUGGUCUAGAGCGCAGCCUCAGCUUCGCGUUCAAGCGCGAUUCGUCGAAAUUAAAGAGCUGGAAGGUCUGAGAGCUGGACCAGCGUGUGCGGUAAGACUAGUAAGGCACCAGGAUUCAGUGCGCGCUUGCCCCAGUUUAUGAGCCAUGGCAGUUAGGGAAGAUUGUUCUGC